CAACCAAACGCCCCCCUACUCAUCGGUUCUUACACGCCGAAGCUUCCACGCAUCCGCGUCCCACAAAUCAGUGGCCUUGGCAGAAACCUGCGAGCAAUCGACCCAGUCAGCAUAAAGGCCGUUCAACCCCUCAAGUACAAAGAAUUCCACUGAGCACUGCGCAUUCCCCUCUGCUUCUUGCACUGCAGCGUCUUUCCGGUCUCAGUCUUCCCGUCCUCCGCGUCGUCACUCCGCGCGCCGAUGGCGGCGUCGUGGUCGGAGCUGCCGUCGGAGCUCCUGGGCGUGGUCUUCCUCGACCUGCGCUGCCUCGCCGACCGCGUCUACUUCGCAGCCGUCUGCCGCUCCUGGCGCUCCGCCGCCCGGGCCCGCGCCUCGGCUGGCACGCCGCCGCCGCAGCUCCCGUGGCUCCUCCUCCUCCCGUCCGCCGGCGCGCCCUGCUUCGUCAGCCCACUCGCGGGCUCCGCGCGCCGCCGCCUCUCGCUGCCCUACGGCGCCCACGGCGCGCGCCUCUGCGGCUCCCACCCCAGCGGCUGGCUCGCCGUCGCCGCCAACGGCUGGCGCGCGUACGCGCUAGUCAACGUCUUCUCCCGCGCGUGGGCACCCCUGCCCGACAGGAUGAGGGUCCCCAGGCACGGCAUCACGACCUGCCUCGUCGUCCGCGCGGUGGCGCUCUCGGCGCCGCCCACCUCGCGGGCCUGCGUCGCCGCCGCGCUCGUCUGCGGCGUGUCCAACCUCGCCUUCGUCCGGCCCACGAUGGACCGCCAUUGGGUGGCCUCGGAGCCCGUGCACGGGCUCCAGGACAUCCUCUACCACGACGGCGAAGUCGUGCGGGGGUUCCACGCCGUCACCAGCGACGAGGCGGUCACGGUGUUCGUGCAGGAGGGCGCCCCCGGCGCGCUCGCCCUCACGAUGGCCCGGAGGUCCUACCGGAUGCAGCGGCGACCCAACGCACCGGCGCCGAGCCCGUCUUCCGUGAGCCGCUACCUGGUGGAGUCCCGCGGGAAGCUGCUGAUGGUCGUGCGCCACUUCCCCUCCACCCAGCACGGCGGCGGCGCGGCCGCGGCGCGUGGGUUUGAGUUCCUGGAGCUGGAGGUGCAGGAUCUGCCCAGUGGCGGCCACGCGGCGUCCUGGGUGGAGCUCGACGGCGGCCUGGACGGGCGCGUGAUCUUCCUCGCGCGAGGCUGCUCCAGGGCGCUCGAGGCGUCCCAGUUCGGCGGCUUCCAGGAGGGCAUCUACUUCUUGGACGACACGGGCUUCGACAUCUCCUUGGCGCUCUCGUGCGGAGGCAACUUCCCGUGCAGCGACGUCGGUUGGUACUCGGGCCGCGAGAUCAUGCGUGGGAUCGAGGGCUUCCCGUCCGAGUUCCAGUCGACUUUCUCUGCACCGACCUGGUUUUACCCUUGACCUAGCCGGACUACUUGAGUUAUUACAUCGAUUGCUCUGCUCCACCAGUGGUAGGUACCACUUGUUCAUCACCAGUGCGCCAUGAUUGCAGCCUUGCAGAUCCAUCAUGAUCGAAGGACUUUCUUGUUGCGUUCAUACUUCAUACAGAUAAGUAAUGCUUUAGCAUUUGGCCACUAGAACAAAAGGCACACUUUGUCUAUAUUUGUCUAUUGCCACACUUUUUAAAAUUACAAAUUACAAUGAUGUAAAACCUUUGAUUAGUGGAGUCGUACAGACCUACACGCCUCGACCAAUGCGUUGAGACUUGAGAACCACCUUUGUACUGAAUUAACCAGUGGAAGCUAGAAGGGUAACCUUUCAGCACAGCAUCUUGCAUGAUUCGUAGCAGAUGCAAGCAAA